AUGUUGGGCGACUCCACAAUAGCCCAUUCACAAUGUCAUAAACGUGAUUCGGAUAGCCUGGUCGCCCUUCCAUCAUCCCCGCGACGCUCCUUGCGCAAGGCCAUCUCCAUCCCGGCCGUGUCGUCGAUCGUGAAGGAUUCAUGGAAUUGGGCCGGGGAGACCCUGCACACCUAUCGCGACGGGCUCUCCGCGGAACAGCGGAGACAGAAAGCAGAGAUCGAGGAUCGGAAACAAGUGUUAUACUUGAAGAUCAAGAAUGCCGUGUCGUACGAGGAGUGGUGUACAUGCGCCAAUGAACUGGACGUGUUGGAGGACAAUAUAACAUGGAAGCGUACCGUCGAAUGCUCGGAGUACUACCCGGAGGUGGUCCAGGAGCGGUUACGACAGCUGGAGGAGGCGCGGAUCAGCUGCGACGUGAGUCGCAUGCUGUUUCUCGUCCGGACGGCCCUCAGUCGCGACCUGGGGAAGAUGAGCAACGCUUCCCUGUACCGUCACUCACAUACUGGAACAAAGGACCUGAUCGAUCGGUAUAUGACGACCGCGCUCGAGACCAUCGACACCUUGGUGGAUUUGUCGGUACAUAACCGGUGCGAUGGGCUGGAGCUCAAGUACAUUUUGGAUCAGUUGCUGGCAGCGCGACAGGCAUUUGGCCGAAGUGCGCUUCUGUUUUCAGGAGGUGCCACGUUUGGCAUGAACCACGUUGGCGUUCUCAAGGCCCUGUAUGAAUCGAAGCUCAUCCCGCGAAUCAUCUCUGGGGCCUCGGCAGGCAGUAUUGUGUGUGCGGUAUUUUGCACUCGCACUGAUGAUGAGCUGCCAGCCUUGUUGGAUACAUAUGUGCAUGGGGACUUUGCAGUCUUCAAUGAGCAUGGACAGGAAGAGAAUAUUUUUCAGAAGACGGCGCGGUUUUUGAAGUUUGGAUCCUUCCUUGACAUAAAUCAUUUGGCAAAUACGAUGCGGGCAUGGCUGGGGGACAUGACGUUCCAAGAGGCAUAUAACCGAACCCGCAGGAUUUUGAAUAUUUGCGUGUCGAGCGCCGGCAUGUAUGAGCUACCUCGACUGCUCAACUACAUCUCUGCCCCCAACGUGUUGAUCUGGUCGGCAGUGGCGGUGUCAUGCUCUGUCCCAUUGGUGUUCCGGCCCUUCACUCUGAUGGCCAAAGACCCAUUGACAGGAGAGCCAACUCCUUGGAAUGACCUCCACAAACAGUAUAUUGAUGGCUCGGUGGACGGUGAUCUGCCCAUGACACGACUAUCCGAAAUGUUCAACGUCAAUCACUUCAUCGUUUCACAAGUCAACCCACACGUUGUGCCCUUCUUACCCAAAGAAGAUGGUCCAACCAAUCACGCCGAGCAGAGCUCAUCCUUCAUUCCUCGCUGGAUGAAUACGAUGACCCACCUUGCAAAGGACGAGGUACUCUACAGAAUGACCGUCCUCUCAGAACUCGGGGUCUUUCCCACUUCCAUGACCAAAGCGGCUUCAAUCAUGAAUCAGAAAUAUAGCGGCGACAUCAACAUCUACCCGGAAUUGAUUUCAUCGAACUUCCCACGAAUCCUUGAGAAUCCAACCACUGAAUUCAUGCUACAGGCUUGUUUGAGUGGAGAACGCGCGACAUGGCCCCGAUUAAGCCGGAUCAGGAAUGCCUGUGCCAUCGAAUUGGCACUCGACCGUGCCGUUCAACAGAUGCGCGCCCGGGUCGCUUUUAGUCCUGGCCAAUUGGAGCUGCACAUGAACGGUGUUCAUCAUUCUACAGAGUCUAUAGAAAGCGGUAUGGGACGAGGGCGUAUCCGGCAUCGCAGACGCGGUUCACUCAGUCACGAGCUGGAAGGAAGGCGCACGAAAGCCCUCUCACGCAGUAACACUGCGCAGGGACUGCGAAAAGCACGCAGUACCAUUUCCCUGGAAAACCCCUCCUUCACCUCAUCAAAUGAUUUCAUCUCCGUGCCAACCCGGCCCAAGGCCCACCGCCGUCGAUCAACCAUCACCGUCGGCACGGGGUUCUUCUCAAUAGAAUCAGACAGUGAUGAUGACGAGGAUUGCGGUCUAUCCUACUCCAUCCAAUCUCGGCCUUCCCAUCCCCGAGGUUCGUGGGAUAUCUCUUCGCACGGAGAAGAGUUAAGUCAUGGCCUGCAUAGUCCCGUCCGAUCUCGGCGAUCUUCAUUCUCGUCUGGAAGGCGGCAACGGUCCGGCUCAGGCCAUAGAGGCUCGCCAAAACAGGUCUAUGCUGCUUCGGCUCGAGAGAUCUCCAUGGCUUUGUCGCCUUCGUCUCGUCAUCUGCUGAGUAUGACGCCGACGGUACACCCGACCUCUCCUGACUCGUUCACGCGCAAAGCGCGUUCAUGA